AUGGAUUCCAAGCCUCGUCGGCUGCCCUUUACGGUGUCCGGCACCACGUCGUCUUACUCUUCAUCCUCUCCCCCCUCCUCCCUGGGUUCCAGCAGACUCUAUGGAAGAACCAGUGUCCUGAACAGUGAUCGAUUCACCAGGGCCACACCCCUUAAACCUGACCUCAACCACCAGGGCUCUCGGUUCCUCAGCUCGACCAGGGACUACAGUAGCUCUGACAGCUGCCACUCCAGCUGGAAAUCCCCUCUGACCACCUCCUCGGUCUCCUACGAUCGCUCCUGGGCCGAGUCCUCACUGAGCAGCCGCAGCAAACUGACUGAUUCAGAGCGAAGACUGGGGACGUACUCAGGACUCCUCAGCAACACAACUGAUGAUGGAGAUAACAAACGGGUCAAACUGUCCUAUACCAACAGAGCUGCUGCAUAUACAAGAAGCCCCUCCUCCUCUGUGACUGGCUCCUCCUACUCCAGCAGUAUCCUCAGAGACUCUGAUUCGUCGUCGUGGAAGUCGUACCGGCCUCUGUCCAGGUCGUCGACCUCCUCCUCCUCAGAGCCCCUGUGGUCCAGAAAGGAGCUGGAGAAGAGGACUGAGGGGAGGAGUUUGUCUAGUGAGGCUGACACCAGCUAUAGGAGCUCUGGACUCACCUCAUCCCUGUACCGGCCAGACCGUGUGACCUCCACCUAUGCCCAGGGGGCUCGGCCCAAGGAGACCCUCUACUCUUCCUCUAGCAGGGAGAGCAGCUCCCUCAGCCGCCACCUCUCUUCCACUUACCAGCGCUUCCCACUGGCCCGGGACUCCACCACCUCCUGGACCACCGGCCACUCCCUGACCACCUCUACCCUCCGCACCACCAAGGAACCCACUGAGAGCCCAGAGCCCACUCUAGGAGCCUCCGUCUCCUCUCGCCCCUCGUCUUGGUACACAACUCCCUCAGCAAGACGGGAGGCCCGGGACUCCAGCCCCCCUCCCUCCGCGCCAACCACCACCCCCAGGACAACCCCAGAGGGUGGCGAGGUAUCCGAUGGACGUCGCUCCACCCGCCGUCUCCUCUCCCGCCUCUUCUCUCGGCGCUCCAGCCAGGACUCCAGUGGCUCCAGCUCUGGCUCCACCUCCCGCUCCUUCGACUCGGCCGAGGACAGCCCUGUCGUUGAAGGCCCCAGUCACACACCCGUGGCUACCAGCGAGGAGAGCGUCCGGCCCGUGAGCGUGGAACCCGUUCCCAGAGGCUCUGAUGCGGCUCAGGCCUUUGCCUUCUUGAGGUGUCGCAGACAGGGCCUGUCCCCGGUCCAGGAGGGUCAGACCCAGCGUGGCCUGGAGACCUGGAGAGGGGGCAGCACCAGUGGUGUUGGAAGUAGUACUUCAGGUUCCUCCUGGCUGUCGUCUUCCAUCCAGACCCGCUGCACUCCUCUCUUCUCCCGCCGUAGAAGAGAAGGACGGGAUGAAAGCGCUCGCCUGGCAUCCGGCGCCGACGAGGAUUACCGUGGUACCCAGUUCCCCCUCAGGAGGAGAGACUCCCCUGAGGCCGAGGAUGAUGAUGAUGAGGAGGAAGAGGAAGUUGCAGCCUCGGGGGCGAUGGGCGCUAGCGUCGCCCUACAGGAGGAGUUGAGAGAUAUGGCGGGGAGUAGUCAGCGUUUGGCGAGGUUCAUGAGCAGCCCGCUGUUCCGCGUCCACGACAACGUCAUGAUCGCCGUGGACAUGACGGGCGCCGCCGGGAGCCAACCGGAGUGCCAGGAGAAGCCCACCUCCUCAAGAGACCCUGAGAGACUGAGGAAGAUCCAGGAGAGCCUGCUGUUGGAGGACUCUGACGAGGAGGAAGGGGACCUGUGUCGUAUUUGCCAAAUGGGUGAGGAGUCUCCCUCCAACCUUCUGAUCGAGCCCUGCCGUUGUACAGGCAGCCUGCAGUAUGUUCACCAGGACUGCAUCAAGAAGUGGCUGGGUUCCAAAAUCAGCUCUGGCACGAAUCUGGAUGCCAUCACCACGUGUGAGCUGUGCAAAGAAAAGCUGCACCUGAACAUUGACAACUUUGACAUCAACGAGCUACACAGGACACAUGAGAAGUCUGAGUACGAGUUCAUCAGCUGUGGCCUUUACCUGGUGGUGUUGCUUCACCUGUGUGAGCAGAGGUUCUCUGAUGUGCUAGGAGCUGCCAACGACGCCAGGUUUUUCAACCUGGCGAGAACCCUUCACGACCACAUGGACAAUCUUGAAAGUCCUUAUGGGGAAUCGGACGAAGAGGUGGUUGAUACUCGGCCGUCAAUCGAUUUCUGUGACCUCGAUGAAGACUUGGAAGAGGAGUACAAUUGACCGAAGGGGAUAAGGAAAAAUAGAUGGGGGGGGGGGGG